UUUAUGUAUAAUGGAUGUAUGUUGGUACUUUAUUUGAUUUUUGGCGCAAAAAAAACUAAAAUCGUAUUUUGUAUAAAGGCAAAAAAUAGUUGUAGUUUAGAGUCUUAGGCACUUAAUUUAUUAAUACUAUGUCAGCUAUGCUAGAAGAAAAGGAUCCGGAACGAAAUUCAGUUGAAAAUAUCCCAGAUUUGCUACCUUUAUAUUAUAAAAGACUAUUUCCUCAUAAACAUUUCGCAAGAUGGCUUACCUAUGGAGGAAGUGAAAGUUCAAUUUUUAGAAAUAGAGAAAUAUCAUUUACUUUUGAAGAUGACAUAUAUGUACGAUAUCUUUCGUUUGAUAAUCCGGGUGAAUUAGAGAAAGAAAUACGCAACCGAAAUCCACAUAAAAUUGAUAUAGGAGCAAUAUAUACAGAUGAACCAAAAAAGUACAGAUCAGCAAAUAAUAUGAAACCAAUCCAAAGGGAACUAGUUUUUGAUAUAGAUAUGACCGACUAUGAUGAAGUUAGAAGUUGUUGUGAAGGUGCUGCGGUUUGCAAUAAGUGCUGGAAAUUUAUGAGCAUUGCAUGUCAAAUACUGGAUACGGCAUUGCGGGAAGAUUUUGGUUUUGAACAUUUGCUAUGGGUUUUUUCUGGUCGUCGAGGUAUACAUUGCUGGGUUUGCGAUAAAAUAGCUCGCAAUUUAAAUACAAAAGGGAGAGAAGCUAUUGCAGAAUAUCUUCAAAUAACCAAUUCGGUGUCAUUGGGAGAUAAUUCCUCGUUAACGAAAGUUAAUAUAAUAGAUAAGCCUCAUCACAGUGUUAAACGAGCUCUGAAAAUUAUAGAACCAAUUUUUGAAGAGUUAUGUGUUAUAGACCAAAAUCUGUUUAGUUCCCAAUCCGGAAUAAAUAGGUUAGUGCAGUACAUUUCUGAUGAAAAUGUACGUAAGGACUUAGAAUUGCAUUUAAAAAGAUUCGAUACAAGUAACUCAAAAAUCAUGUGGGAUCAGUUUAAAUGUUUUUUCCAGUCUCUGAAAGUAAAUUCUGGAUUAAGUUACAAGCUUAAAUAUAUAGUUGAAGAAAUUCAGCUAGCUAUUUUGUAUCCGCGUCUUGAUAUAAAUGUUACAAAAGGAUUUAAUCAUUUACUGAAGUCACCAUUUUGCAUACAUCCUAGUACAGGUAAGGUAUGUGUACCUUUUAAUCCCAGUGCAGCUGGAAAAUUUGAUCCCACCGUUGUACCAACUGUUAAUACUUUGGUAAAUGAAAUAAGUGCAUUUGAUAAAGAUAUGAAAGAUGAUGAUGCUGAAGUUAACCGAAUAAAAGAUUACAAGAAAACUGGGAUGUUCAAAGGAGUAUUAGUAUUUGAUGAAUUCUUAAGAAAGCUGGAAACAAGUUGUAAAAUUAAAAACAAUAACAAUACAAAAAUGGAUUUCUAA